GAGUGGCAGAGUGUCAGUGCUGGGCGUGAGGAUGGGACACAUUUUGCCCUGUGUGCCGGCGUUAUUCUUGCUGAAUACACUCCUCCAUUAUGGACAUGCUGAAGAUGCUGUUCUGACACUUGAGCCCAACUGGUCCAUUUUUUUUGAGGGAGAAUCUGUCACCUUCGUUUGUGACAUAAAUGAAGGAGAAGACAGUGACUGGCUUUACAAAAUCCACUACGAUGGCCGAGAAUUUAUUUACUACAAUACACACAAACGCUACACAUUACAUCUGGCUACAGGCAACAGUGCUGAAUACCAGUGCUUUGGUCAACACAAGAGAUCAUAUAAUAUAAAAAAGAGUAAUGUCGUCUCUUUGACUGUAUUAAGAGAUAUACCCAAGGCCAGACUGACACCAGGCACAACAACCAUACCAGCAGGAGGCAGCGUGACGCUGACCUGCUCUGUGGAGGGCUCUGAUGGCUGGAAAUAUACCUGGUACACACGAACCUUAGGCUCUUCUGAAGCUCAGACCUUGAGGAAUAGUGAUCCAAACAAAGUGAUCAAUAUCUCACAAGGAGGCGUCUACCUGUGCACAGGAUGCAGAGGAAAUCCAGCCUUCUGUGCUUAUGGUGAUGAGGUCACCAUUAGGAUAACUUUUUCCAAUGUCGCCACUGUGACUCUGCAACCCAACUGGCCUCAGAUAUUCCGGCGUGAGACGAUCACUGUCAGAUGUGACAUUCAGAGAGGUGAAGGCACUGAGUGGCAGUAUGAAUGGAGAACACCUUCGUCAACCACAGAACCGGCACAAAGUAAUCCCUGGAGGAUCAGUGAGUCCCACAGUGGGGCCUACAUGUGUAAGGGCAGAAGCAGAAAGGACCCGUAUUCUUCGACAGAGUGGAGUGAAGCCGUUACAGUGACAGUAUCAGAGCCCAUGCCUGUCCUCACUGUGUCUCCAUCAUGGCUAAGUCCUGGAGCCUCAGUAACUUUAAGCUGUGAGGUUAAACAUCCAUCUCCAGGAUGGAGGUUUUAUUGGUACAAAGCGGUUCCAGCUCUAUCAAAACCUGACGGCCGUUACAGCUAUGAGCUGCUUCCUGGUAACAGCAGUGGGACUGAACAGAAUUCCUUCGUCAUCCAUGAGCAGACACACACAGCAGGAUAUGUGUGUAAAGCUGUGAGAGGAGACCCAGCCUAUGAAACAGAUUACAGUCAGUCUAAGUUUGUCUGGUCAGGAGAUUUUCAUCCAGCAGCGUCUCUCAGAGUGAGUCCCGACCAAGUCCAGCAUUUCAUCUAUGACUCUCUCUCACUGAGCUGUGAGGGAAACUCGACUGAGUGGAGAGUGAGGAGGUUUAUUAAAAGAGGAAAUGUGUCAUGUUGCUCUUCUUGGGGCAGAAUGACUGGAUCCACAUGCAACGUUCAUAAUUUAAGGUCCAUUGAUGCCGUGUUCUGGUGUGAGUCUGGAUCAGGAGAGUUCAGCAAUGCAGUCAACAUCACUGUAAAAAAUUAUGGUAUUAUGUUGGUGAGCCCUGCCCAUCCUGUGGCUGAGGGAGCAUCGGUUACUCUUCUCUGCAAGCUGAGGACAGAAAAUGUUCCUUCUAAUGUGUUUUUCUAUAAAAACAACAAGCUCAUUCAAAAUGACACCAGACGAGAGCUGACAAUCCCUGAAGUGUCAACGUCACAUGAAGGCUUUUACAAAUGCGAAGGAAAUGAUUCAGUGCAGCCCUGGCGGAGCUGGAAGUCACCAAAGAGCUGGAUGUCAGUAAAAUUGUCCGGGCCUGAAAGCUCCUUGUUUCCUGUGCCGCUGGUGGCUGGGUUGGUUUGUGGAACUGUUCUGAUUACUCUGCUGCUGCUGCUGCUGUUCUGCUACAGAAAGUCGAAAGGUUCACGCUCUGUCAGGUCUCAGAACACCAAUCAGAUUUCUGCUACAGACCACGUGAUCAACCAGGAUGAAACUCCUCUCCAUGGUCAGCCUUGUCUCUAUGAAUCAAUCAAAGGAACUGAGGACACCGUAACAUCUCAGGAUGUUACAUAUGCUUCAAUUGAGUUGAAAAACAUUGCUUCUAAGAGAAGAUCAACUCCAUCAGCGGCUUAUGAAACUGUUUAUUCUGAGGUCAAACCUGGAACAGCUCAUGAUGAAUGAAGAAAUCUAUGUCGACGAACCCAGUGGAAUGGAGAACGACAUUAAAGCUACAUACGUGUUUAGGAAAUGUUUGCAGAUUUUAUUUACUGUAACCAUUUUUUCACCUGUAAUUUAUUAUAUGUCGUGUUUGUAUUGUAUUAAUGUUAAUGAACUGCUGUAUGUUGUUUUCACCCCGAUGGCUUUAGCAAGUUUUUUUUUCUGGUAUUUU